AUGUCACCCUUCAAGAAGGAGAGCCUCCAUAUGCUAACUCGCCCUCGAGCCACUCCAGCUCUACCCACCCCACCGACUUUCAACUUCCCAACCGGUGAUGUCACAGUCCUCCUCUCCAACGUUUCGGAUCCAGAUACUACAACACGUGCCCUCGCAUCAACCUCCUCCCUUAGUAUCGCCAGUCCAGUAUGGAAGAAAUUCUUGUGCCCGCCCUGGGCCACAGACUCCACCACCCCAGCCACAUCUCUGGAUUUCACAUCCGACCCCCUCUUCGCCAUUACCCUCUUACUGCAAGUCGCACACCUCCAAUUCCGGAAUAUUCCCAGCAAGUUACCGUACAGUCAGCUAUUGCAAGUAGCCAUACUGUGCGACCAGUACUCAUGUGCCAGUCUUGUUGCGCCAUGGCUCGAUUCCUGGUUGUCUGAUGAGAAGCCGGCAUCAAAGGAAGAUGGCAAGGAGGGGUGGUUGUUUAUCGCUUGGGCUUUUGGUCGAGAAUCCGUAUUUGAAGAACUUGCAAAGAAGCUGGUGUUCGAGGUGAAGAUCGGUAAAAACGGGAAAUGCUUAACAAAGAAUGGAGAGGUCAUGCCAGAGCCGAUGCCAAACGAAAUCUUGGAAAGUGUACUUAAGAUUCGAGCAGAAAUAAUCGAACAGCUCUUUCGCAUUCCCUUCACCUGGCUCACGAACUUCGAGCAAAGCACUAAGCCCCUCUGUCUGCGAAACUACGACAAGGAAGCCUGUGAUGCCAUGAUCUAUGGAUCCGUUGCUCGAGGAAUCCAAAAAGCCUCGUUGUGGCCUCUUACUACUUCAAGAAACAUCACGUUGAGCAUCGAGGAGCUGGCGAAUGUGCUAAAGGGAAUCAAAAUCCAAAUUCUACAGGAGCCGAGAGGAAAGAGCGUGGAGUGGAGCCAUAUCAACUGCAAGACUAUUAAUAUGCACUUUGGUGUUGCGAAAAUUUUGGACUCAGUUGGUAAUCCUGUGUUGGACUGCCAUAGGUUGCACAUGAGAGAACAGAGAGGAGAGGUUAAGGAUAAGUAA